AGCGAGAGAGAGAAAAAUAGAGAGAAAAAUAGAGAGAAAAAUAGGGAGAGAAGGAGAUACCUGACGCCACUGUGUAACGUCACUGUGUACAGCAAAUAAAACCCUCACGGUUGAAAGGACAGGAUACUUAACAUUAUGAACACUCAAUACAUACAGAUGACAGUCAUAUGUCUUCUGUGUUUUUGGACUUCGGGUUUAGCAGCGGAUCUACGAUGCAAUGAUAUGUAUGAAAAAGAUGGCAGAUGUUGUGGACUUUGUCCACCAGGCACAUUUUUGAAGAAGCACUGCACCACUCAUGCCAAAACCGACUGUGGUGACUGCCCAGCGGACUCCUACUCUGAGUUCAGUGACCGCGUAGAGAACUGUCAACCAUGCCUCAAAUGCCAACAGGUCUAUGCAAGAGCAUGCACCUCAACCGCAAACGCAAACUGUUUGUGUGGCUCUGGUUUCCUGUGCUCAGACCAUGUCUGCUCAAAAUGUGAAAAGGAAAAGAAAUGUCGCAAGGGAGAGGAACUGAAGAGGACAGGUUCCAGGGAAUACACUUGGAAAUGUGUCCCAUGUCCCAAUAACACAUACUCUGACACUGAACAGGGUCACUGCAAACCAUUGACACAGUGUGAUACACAUGGAUUUGUUGUGAUCUUCCCUGGGAACAAGACCCAUAACUCAAAAUGUGGUAUACAUGGGCAAGGAAACAAAGAGGACGGGCGUUACAUUCUGGCCACUGGCUUCUUCUUCUUUGCUGUCAUCCUCUUGGUGUUCCUCACUUAUGCCUGCAUCAGGAGAAUCGGGCACAAGCCUGAAGCUAAUAUACAUGGUCUCCCGCUGUCAAAAGAGGAGAGUGAAGGCCAGCUCAUCCAGCAUGCUGAAACCAAGGACAAUGCCAGCCAGAUUCUGCUCUCCAUGGCGAGCAUCUCCACUGUGUGAUAUCUUACAUCUGCUUGCAGGAGGGCUUUGACUUCAGGGUAGCAUGUCAGCUAGUCCUGAAUGAACAAAUGCUACUUCUACAAUUUGUUUUGCAGUUAGCUUGCUAUAAUUACCUUGUCUUUUGUAAUCUUGUUUGUUGCUAUUUCCUUUAUUUGUGCAGUCUUUCAUCAAUACUAAUUACUAUUUUAUAUAGCUUUUCUUACUUUUUUUGCACAAUUAAUACUGUUUUGACUCUUUCUAAAGAAUCCCAACAUUUUUCGUUUUUUAUUUAACCUUUAUUUAUACAGGUUUUCGCGCAUUAAGAUAAAAUCUAUUUUUCAAGA